AAAAAGAACAAAGACUGUACAGAGAAAAAGCAAAGCAGAUGUUUUAUCAUGGAUACAACAAUUAUCUCCAGCAUGCAUAUCCUUACGAUGAACUUAAGCCCUUGUCGUGUUCUGGACAAGAUACUUGGGGAAGGUAAUGACGUUGUGUUAUUUUUUGUGUUGCAGUGUUUGUGCUAUUAGGUAGAAAUACAAUUCAAAUGUCAAUUUAUCGUUAUUACUUUGUCCUUUUGUCUAAAUUUGAAUUAGUUUUUUUAUCGUUUUGUUAACUACCUUGUCCAUUCUCCCUGAAGACAUGUGUACAUUGCAGAAACUUAUGAUAUUAAAAUAAAGCUUUUCAAUUAAGCACACAUUUUUUAAGUGAAGGGAAGUGCCGCUUAUUCGAGGAUGGAUGCUUAUUUAAAGGGGGUGUGAGUGAAGAUACCUCCUGACAGGACAGGCACUUAUUCAAGCCAGGUGUUUAAUCAGUGGCCCCCGAUUAAAAGCCCGGGUUUAGUAAACAAUCCAAUUAGGCCAGACUUUUAUUGUAUGCUCUAUAAGAUUCGAUAUGUAUAUAGGUUGCAACAAAAUAUGGUUUUUAUACAAACUAUAGACGUUAGGCAUUGUAUGGUUGCAUCUAAUUUCUUUGAUACCAAUAAAGUGAUAAAACAGAGCUUUAGUUUAUAGCAGGAACUGUAUUUAAUUUAAUUUUGCUAGUGCAUGCUAAAUUAUUUUAUACAAGUCUUGGCACGAGUCAGAAUCAUGCGACCAGUUUGAAAGUUUGCAGUAUUGUGAUUAUGGGAAAUACUACUGAAUUUGAAAGAGUUGCACUGCUUCUAGAGGAGACAUUGUCAUUUGAUACUGAUAUAAAUGUGUCAGUGUUUGAAACCAACAUCCGAGUUGUUGGUGGGUUGCUUUCAGCACAUCUGCUAUCAUAUCGUUCUAAUCUAAUGUUAGAGUUAGGAUGGCCCUGUGAGGGACCUCUCCUACGUCUUGCUGUUAAUGCUGCAACCAAGCUUUUACCAGCAUUCGACACAAACACCAGCAUGCCAUACGGUACUGUAAAUUUCGAAAAUGGCGUUCCAGAAGGCGAAACACCAGUGACGUGUACAGCUAGUGUGGGAACGUUCAUAUUAGAGUUUGGAGCGUUAUCAUAUUUGACUGGUGAUGAGAGGUUUAUGGUAGCUGCUAGAAAGGCUUUAGAUGGACUAUGGAAAAGUAGAUCCAAACUGGGGUUGGUUGGGAACCAUAUAAAUGUUGAAACAGGCAUUUGGACUGCAGUUGAUGCUGGGAUUGGAGCAGGUGUUGAUUCAUAUUUCGAAUACUUAGUUAAAGGAUCAGUGCUAUUUAACGAUCCUAUGUUAAUGGACAUGUUUAAAGAAUUCAGCAACAGUAUAUAUAAACACUUAAAAUAUGACGAUUGGUAUAUUUGGACUCAUAUGGAAACUGGCAAAAUAUCACUUCCAAUAUUUCAGUCACUUGAUGCUUAUUGGCCUGGUGUCGAGGUUCUAAUGGGAAAAAUCGGGGAAGCCUCAAAAACAUUUCAUAAUUAUUAUCAAGUUUGGAAGCAAUAUGGAGGAACACCUGAAUUUUAUCAGCUAGGAGAAAAUAAACCUUUCAAUAAAAGAGAAGGAUACCCACUUCGUCCAGAACUUAUUGAAAGUGCGAUGUAUUUGUACCAAGCUACGAAAGAUCCAUUCUUUUUGGAAGCUGGGAGAGACAUCUUGGAUGCAAUAAACAACAUUGCUUGGACACCCUGUGGAUAUGCAACAAUAAAGAAUGUCGAUUCUCACCAAUUAGAUGACAGAAUGGAAUCCUUCUUUCUAGCCGAAACAACAAAAUACCUAUACUUGCUUUUCGAUGAGAACAACUUCAUUCACCAAAAUAAUGCUGGUUUUUACAACUUCAGUGAAUAUUGGGCUGACUUUAAUUAUGACCAAAAUGAUUGUUUUGCUGGUAGUUCUGGUUAUGUAUUCAACACCGAAGCUCAUCCGAUAGAUAUCGCAAGUUUACAAUGUUGCAAACAUAAACAUGAUAAAAAUUCGAACACAUUUAAGCAAAGGCGAUUUACAAGUAAAGAUGGCUGUCGUAGGAGACCCUUUCAUCAAAAAAUGUUUGGGUUGGGCACAUACACUGAAGACCAUAGCAAGCAUUUUGAUACUUCUUCUUCCAAUACAAAUUUAUAGUAUUUUUAUAUUUAUUAUUUAUCUUUUUAAAGCCAAAAUGUACUUAA